AUGAGUAACCCCUCACCGAACCCAGCAAACACACCUCGACCCCCUGCAGUGUGCCAUUAUUGCAAGCAACCAGGACAUUAUAAGAAUCAGUGCCCUCGCUUAAACCGGGGAAGCUGGGAACGGCAACCCCCACAACAACCCAGGGCAGCUGCCCAUUGUGUGCAACAAGAAGGCACAACCCAUGUCCCUAACCAAGAAGAACAGUGGAGUGUGUUACACGAGGUCAACCCAGUUCAAGCUGGGGGUGACAACCGGGACCACCACCGCCAAUGGAUUACCGUGGAUGGCGUGGGGGCCCGGGCGCUGAGAGACUCUGGGGCUACUUUGACUGUGGUGCAACCUCACACGAUCAGAGCACAAGCUCGCACCGGACGCACAGUCGCUGUAAGGGUGGCUGGGGGCGCUAUCCACAAACUGCCCACCGCUAAUAUCCUUGUCGAUUGGGGUUCUGGGUCCAAACAGCUGGAGGUUGGGAUUAUGCAAGAACUGCCCGCCGAGGUUUUGUUGGGAAAUGAUGUGGGAUGCUUAACCUCUCAACUAGCCCGAGACACCCCUGCCGAGGCAUACCCGGUUACCACCCGAGCUCAAGCCAGACUGGAAGCUCCGCUGCACUCUGAGGAAAACCAGAUGCCUCCAUGUUUGGGCUGGGAGCCGUGCUAAGCCAAGUGGGAACAGACGGCAUGGAACACCCGGUGGCAUACCUCAGCCGUAAACUUUUACCCCGAGAAGUCAGCUAUGCCACCGUAGAAAAAUAAUGCUUGGCCCUCGUGUGGGCACUCAAGAAGCUUCAGCCCUAUUUGUAUGGGCGGGCAUUUACCCUUAUGACUGACCACAACCCCCUGGUAUGGCUUAACCGGGUAGCUGGAGACAA